AUGUUGUUGAAGAAUCCAACGUCACUCAAUGUGAUCUCUCAUCAAUCAGCAUUGAGUCUAGUUGGCAAGGUGUUGGAGAAGGGCUACAAUGUACAAGAGUUGUACGUUGAUACGGUGGGUCCACCUCUAAAGUAUCAGACGAUGAUCAAGGUGGCCUAUCCAUCGAUUGGCAAAGUGGUCGUGUCAAAGAAGGCCGAUAGUCUGUUCCCAAUAGUGUCGGCGGCCAGUAUCUGUGCCAAGGUGAUACGUGACCUGCGUAUCGCGGCAACAUCAUUCGACGAUUAUGAAGGCGUGGACAUUGGCACCGAGUUUGGCUCGGGCUACCCCAGCGACCCAGUCACCAAGAAGUGGCUGAUAGACAAUCGCGACAAAGUGUUUGGAUAUCCUGCCAUUACACGUUUCAGCUGGAAGACAACGUCCACAGUAAUGGCAAAUGCAUGUUAUAGUGUUGAAUGGACUUCGCCAGAUGCGCCAAUGUUCAACUUUGCUACUGGCAAACGAAAGAGGUCAGCAUUCUUCAAUGACAAUCACUUGGAAAAUGGCGACUUGGGCUUCUAG